AUGAAGCCGAAAAAGUUAGGGAAAAAUGGAAGCAAGAAGGAGAACCGGAGAUUCAUGCCUACGUGUUUCGGUUUCGCUUUUUGCGACGCAAUGUCUUCUGCUUUCGAAGGAGUUGGAAACGAAAAGAAGUUGGAGAAUUCAACGAAGACAGAUCAACCCAUUUGCAAGAACAACAAGAAUAAUGAUGGCAAUAAGCCAUCAACAACGACAAUGUCAAGGGGUAAUAAUAACGAGCAGCAACGUGAGGACCCAGUAUCUAAAGCCAGAUAUUCUUCUUUUCAGCAUUGGCAAGAUUCCGAAGAAAAAACGCCGAAAGGAAGGAUUUUCUCUGUUUCUUUCUUGGACUACUCCAAUCUCUGUAAAGUCAAAACCAUCUGGAAGAUAAAGAAGGAAAUGAAACCCAGUCCAUGGAUCACAACAAAAGAAAGAGAAUAA